CCCCAUUUACCGGCACCAAAGGAUGUGAUGGUUUAUUCCUAUAACUUUCGUAGUUCACUGAGGUGGUCUCCUGUUAAAGUGGAUAGAGGCUUGGUGUUGUAUACAGUCCAUUUUAAAACAGGGGCCUACGACCACUGGGACGAGAUGAACUGCACCCGUGUCACCCAGACUGAGUGCAGUUUGCCCUGGUCACUGAAGGAGCGGCGCUGGACUGUUUUUCUGCGUGUGAGGGCUGAGCUGGGGCAGGUGACUUCUGACUGGGUGGAAACAGAUCCAUUUAUGGCAGAGAGAAACACUACUAUAGGGCCCCCUAAAGUGAACAGCGUGACUGUUAGCUCUGACUCACUUCUCAUUAGUGUCACACCCCCUUUUGGAUCUGAAGCAGGUGACUUUCUUCAGUAUCAUGUGUCCUACUGGGAGAAUGCAACCCAUAAUACUGAAAAAGAGACAAAGACGAGCAAUACACUAUUCAAAAUUGGAAAUCUAAAGGAAUUGACACUUUAUUGUUUUAGAAUUCAAGUAGAAUUGAUGACACCUUCAAAUCUCAAUCUGGGACUGCAAAGUGUCCCAGAGUGUUACAGAACUACAAUCAGUGAGGCAACCAGAGCUGGAUAUAUUAUACUGAUAUUUGUGUUGGUGUUCCUUUUUGUAAAGCUGGUAAUAGUUUUUUUGUUUCUUCUGUGGAAACACCACAAAACAAUUAAAGAUUGGGCUCAGCCACCUUUAGAAAUCCCAUCACACAUCGAAGAGUAUUUGAAGGACCCUAGCAUGCCUGUUCUAGAGAUGCUGGACAAUUAUGUAGAGGACGAUCCCCAGGAUUCUUUAUCCAUUUUAUUUUGUGGAGACAGAAGCAGUUUGGAUGGUCAAGCUCACUCACACAGCAUCUCCGGUGACAGUGAAGUAACGUAA